AUGACAUUCGCCUACCCGCGUAACACAGGUGCUUCCUCGCCAUCCUCGCUCCCUUUCUACAACCCAAAGCGUCAAAGGUCACCAGAAAUUCUGAACCAGGUCGCCCAAUAUAUACCCCCAGUGGCGAAGCAAUGGCUCUCUCCCAGAAGUGUUCAGCGGAGAUGGAGGAGAACUAAAGAGGCGGGGCUCAAGGUCACAGCUGUGAAUGUUGUCAAAAAUAUCUUCACGAUUCCCAAUGCAAUUAUUCUAUUGUGGAUGUUAUCAAUCCGGUGGGGAGAGCGCACAGUGUUCGAAGAUCACAUAAACCAGUGUCUCUGGGACAGCUGGGAAGACUGGGUGAGCACCCAGCGGCGCCCCCAAGACGCUACUCCGCACCAUAUUGCCUUUAUUGCCGACCCUCAGCUCGUUGAUCCCCACACCUACCCCGGCCGACCAUGGCCUCUGUCGACAUUGACGAUGCGAUAUACCGACCAGUAUAUGCGUCGAUCCUUCUCAUUGAUCCAGGACCAUCUUGAGCCAGACUCGGUGCUGUUCCUCGGUGAUCUCUUCGAUGGCGGCAGAGAAUGGGCGACCGCGACAACUAGCAGCCCCGAAGCUCGCUGGAAGGGCUAUAAAGACUCAUAUUGGAAAAAGGAGUUCCGGAGAUUUGUCAAGGUCUUCCUCGAUCCAUGGGAAAAAGCAAAUAAACCGACUGUUGGUGGACGGGGUCGGAGGUUGCUUGCAAAUCUACCCGGAAACCAUGACCUAGGGUUCGGCAACGGAGUCCAGGAGCCUGUCCGGGACCGAUUUGAGAGCUUCUUUGGGAAGACCAACCAGGUCAACGUGAUAGGCAACCACACUUUUGUUUCAGUCGACUCGGUUUCUCUGAGCGCGAUGGACCAACCUGAUCCGUUGACAGGUAGUUCACCAACAUCGAAUGAUGCGAACCAAGCCAUUCGCCCGAUUUGGAAAGACGCAGAUGACUUUUUGGAUAAAAUGGCUAUCCACAAGGCCAAGGCGGAAACUGAUGAGCUACGGAUGCUAAGAAACCAGAGCGAGGGGCAUAUGUUUGAUUACCGUGUUGUCGAUGCCAUCGAGCCGACAAUUCACCACAAGCCAGAACAAGUGAGCGUCGGCUUCCCGACCAUUCUGCUCACCCACGUUCCUCUCUACAGGAAAGCAGGAACCCCCUGUGGCCCUCUACGUGAGCACUAUCCACCAUCUUCCUCGGAAGAGGACUUACAAGAAGAUGAGCGAAACGCCCUCAGUAUAUCGGCUGGUUAUCAGUACCAGAACGUCUUGACGCAGACCGUCUCGACCGAAGUGAUAUCCAAAGCUGGACCGAAUGUUGUACAGGUCUACUCUGGCGAUGACCAUGAUUAUUGUCAGGUCUCCCACCGGGAGUUUAACGGCUCACCGAACGAAAUCACAGUGAAGAGUAUAUCCUGGGCGAUGGGAGUCCGCCGCCCCGGGUUUGUCCUCACCAGUUUGUGGCACCCAAUCGACCCUAAGACGGGCCAAGCGCUCCACGAAGGGACCUCUACCAUUCAAAAUCACCUCUGCCUUCUCCCCGACCAGUUGGGAAUCUUCAUUUACUACCUCACCAUUCUGGGUCUAAGCAUCUCCCUCCUUGCCUUCCGCUCUGUAUAUCAGGCCAUCUACUCGCCACAGCCUUCCACGGAUAGCAUCCUUCCCCUCGCCGAACAGCGACGUCCCUCCCACCAAUUCCACACAUCUGGUGCGUCCAGCUCUACCAUGUCCAUGGGCGGCCUGGCUAGCCGUGGUGGGAUUCCACCGUCCGCGCGCUACCCCGGCACCAAAUCUCCCCAGGACACAUACCGCACAGACGAUGAAAGGGACCCUUUUCCCAAAGAAAAAGGAGGAUGGCGUCCAGCAUCGUCACAACCCCGGUCUCGCUUUUCUCUCAUCGUGAGAGACUUAGGCUCAUCCAUCCGAUACGUGGCCCAAGUGGUACUCAUCGUGUAUUUCAUCCUCAUCUGGCGCUGGUAG